AUGAACGAGGCAAGUCUCCUGCGGGCCCUGCGGCAGUACCGGAAGGUUCGAGGGCCGGACUUUCACCAGCCGGCCACGAGGAGUAACCAGGGCAAGAUAGAGAACGGAAAUGGCGGCGUAGAGAAGCGACAACCGCUGACGAAAGAAGAGAGGGCGGAGGCAGAAAAGGUAUUGGCGGAGGCAGCGGCGGCAGGAGGUGGUGGCCUGGAAAGCGCGCACACUCAGCAGGCAUUACCGGGGGGGGAUGCAGGGGCGGGAGCAGAUGCAGACACUACGAGACCAGACCUUAUCGAUCCGGUCGAGUUUUUGAAGGAGUUCGAUGCCUGGGUGGACGGGAAGUACCCCGGCGACAGAGGGCGUUCAACGAAGGUUAAGGUGGCCUUCCGAAAGCAACAUCGGGCGGUCGUCUCCAAGCUUAACCUCGAAGACAUUGAAGAGAUAGCGCAAGCCAUGCAGUAAUAGUCGAGACCCCAAGGGCUCGAUUGUAAUGCACCGCACAGCCCCAGGGACCUACCUCGCUAGGAUGGCGGGGGGGUGACGGCUUCUCCCUUGGAUUUUUGCCGGACGCGUACCCAGAUGGCGGUAUUUUUAUUCUGCGUAGACCCCUUUCGUGUCCCGUUGUACUUUUUUGUUAUCGAGAACGUUGUUGUCUGAGGGUGUGAUCACACCCAUUUGUUUGCCAAAGAAGCUCAACGAAAUCAUUUCUGUCCCACGAACCAUCUUGGUGUCGCCUGGCGUGCAAGACGAGGAUCCUCUCGCCAAGUCGCCUGUGGGUACGAAGUCUCUCAGCAAGGGGGGAAGGCCGUGUGUGCGUUGAGUUGAGUCGGCGGGUAGGGCGCAAGUUUUUGUAGCGGUUUUUGUGGCACCGUUCGCGUAGGUUGAGCGCAAUUCCUGCUUGCGGGUGUGUCGGCGCCAGAGAGCGGCUCUUCUCUGAACGUAUCCCCCUCGUGCUUUGCGGCGCUGGUAUGUAAGUGUGUGCGUGUCCCCGUUUGGGUUCCUUUGUGAUUGUGCAGAGCUGUGGUACACUUGAGGCUAGAUACGUUUUUUGUUCAACGGUGGCAAUCUUACUUGGCUUGCCGUCUUUUUAAGCAACGAAAUAUCUCG